AUGAGGCCUCCGUACCUCAAAAAGGAGUUAGAGUCGAGGGCUCACUGGACCAUGGAUUUGAGUCGAAUGGUGCACUACGGCACCGUCGAGCAACAACAGCAUCGACUGGCGACAGCAGGAUGGAGAAAUGACAGCAGCAUUGGCAACAACGACUUCUUUCUCCUGACAGAAGUUCAAGCCCGCUAA